AUGCAUCCAUCCAAGAAGAGUCAUCCGUCAUCCGGCAAGAACAAAUACUACAGGCCUCUCGCAACAAGAACAUCGACUCUCAUGUUCCUGCUGGUAGCCACAUUACUGCUCAUCGCGUUGCUUGAAUAUCUUGCCAUUGCAGAAGAACUUGCCAACAUUACUCGUUCUAAGUUGGAUGAGAGAGAUGCAGAUAUACAUCAAAAAAGGGCUGGAGAAAUCAGUCUUUCGAAUGAGACAGGCCCUUCUACUUCAGUAGGCUCUACAGCAUCUCCUUCUUUAGCUACAACCUUAGCUCCAAUACUUUCAUCUGGAAAGUCUACCACUACUUCUUAUUUCGCCACUGCCAUGUCUCCAUAUUUGACUCCGGGGGCCACAACAAUCAUACCGGUGCCAACCGUGGUGACUAUGACUAGUGAAUAUGUUUCAACAAUCACGAUCUCUCAACCUCCCAGCACAGUACCUAUCUCUAUUCUAAAUCCUACCACAGCAGGUAAGGGAUCAUCACCUAGCAAUAAAGAUACCGCAGUAAAUAAAAUCCCAUUUACCUCCAUAAAAGUUUCGGACAGCACCACUAUCGAAAUAAUCACAUUUACAUCAACUUCCCGUGAUCCAGACGGGACAUUGGUUGGACAGAUCAUCACGUCGUCGUCACUGUUACGAAUAGUACCGUCAACGAGCAAUGUGCCAACGAUAGAUAGUCCCACGAACGACUCAAGUAUGUUAGUCAUUGUAUCAACGUUCAAAAAUGUCUAUGAAACUACCAUCUUUCCCACUAGCUCUAGUACUGCUGUCGACAGACCGGUAGCGACGAGUGCUAAUUCAAGUGGAACUUUCGUGUAUCAUAGCAACGGCGCAGUCACUGCACUAGAUCAGAUCACUUAUCAACAAUAUCUCACAGCUUAA